UCAGGCACUGCCGCUUGAUGUCACUCUCUGCUCUCCAAACCUGAGUAGGAGGAGAGUGAUGAUAAUUAGGCUGGGCUGCAUCACCUCUUCCCCGGAUGGAUGACUUCAUUCUUCCGCCUGGGUUUCCUUUAUGUUGGUGCUGGGGUCCCCGGUCCUCUCCAGAGCUCGGCAAACACGCUCACAAGGCAGGGUCUCCGCCAGCGCCGGCAGGGCAGUGACAAGAGCCCCGGCCACCGACUAACCAGCCCAGGAUUACCCGUCCCGGAGCACGGUCGCCGCAGCCCCUCUUUGGUGCCACCAACCCUGCACACUCGCUCGGUUUUGCGGGAGAUUUCUUUCUUUUUUUUCUCCUCCCUCUCUCGCUUUCUCCUUGCCGCUUGAUUUCCAUUCUUUGGAGGCGCUAUGUCGGAGAUACUGCCAUACAGCGAAGAGAAGAUGGCUCACUUUGGGGGCGAGAAUGAAGUCAACCAGCUCUCCUUCAGUUGCCGCCUGCAGGACACCAACACUUUCUUCGGCGGCUCCCAGGCCAAACGACCCCCUAAACUGGGGCAGAUCGGCAGAGCCAAGCGAGUUGUUAUCGAAGACGACAGAAUAGAUGAUGUUCUGAAGGGGAGGGGCGACAAAACCUCGUCUGGAGUGUAAGCUGAAAGGGCGCUACCCUGACUCCCAAACUUUUGAAAGUACUUUUGGGCUGUGCAUGCGUUUAUGGAUUGUUUAGAGAGAUUUUGGGUCUUGCUGACGAAUCUCCAAUCCAAAUAAAUGCACACAAAUUGAGGAGCUGUCAAUAUCAGCACCAUUAUCCAAGGCACACACAGAUCAAGUAGCUGUCCAUUUCAGAAUAUCACUCCAAGCGAAACGCACAGAAAUGGAGCGCCGAGGUCAACAAAACACCGUCUUCUCUCAGCCGAUGCACCGAGAUUGGGGAGCUGUGCAUUUCCGAAUUUACCACAGACUUUACCACUAACACUCCCGUUAAUCGGAGACAAUGGCAGUCAGCAAAACAGACUCGAUGGCGGAAGGAAUGAAAGCACGAGGCAACGGGCGUAAAGGAAGGAUUUGUUUUUGCAUCAAAAUAUAAAAUUAAAAAAAAAUAAUAAUUCAUCUUGUUGCAUGAGCUUCCGGUCACAGUGCCAAUAUUGAUGCCAACAGUCAUUAACAGUUCGGCACGCUUCUUUCUAAUGGAAUUCUUCGUACUUGUAUUUUUAUAUCUAAAUCUUUGUAAAAACAAAUGCUAGUCUAUGUAUUGUAUUGCAUUAAAAAAUGUUUGUAUUUUUGGUAAGGAUGUAUUGACCGGGUCCAUUGACUUGAAAGACUGGUUGACUUUGGUCUAUCCUGAAUCAGUAUUGGAAAGAGACGUAUUGAAUGUCAUUUAUGAAACCUCUUAGUCUUUUACUUGUUUAUUUAAUUUAUUUUUAUUUGCACACAUCAAUGCUAAAAAUCUGUAUUAAAAAUAUAUAUAGUGAAUAAGCAUUGCUGAUGGAUUUGUGAAAUUUAAAGGUUUAUGAGGAAUACUAAUGCACUGUUUAAGAAGUUUAAAAUAAUGCGCUGUUAACAUUGACUAUUCUCUUUUUUGGACUCUUUUGAAGCUGUGUUUUUUUAAUUUAAUUUUGUAACCUUUUAUGAAGCUUAAUCUCGUUAUCUGUGCAUGUUUACAUGAUGCGUAAUUUUAAAUGAAGAAAUCAUUCCAAGAUAUAUAAGAGCAAAAAAAAUUGUAAUGACAUUCUAAGAAUGAAUCAUUGUACAUUUUAUGACCAUUUUCACUGUACUUGGUGAAUGAAUAAAUGGUUGAAGGCUGUCGGGACUAAUGUUGAUUUAUUUUCUCAUUCCGUCUGCGUUGCCUUUGAAUGAAAUGUCUGAACAAUCCAUAGUGGUAAUAUUCGGCGCUGGAGUAUUCACCAGUCAUGUUCAGACGAUAACAUAUGUUAUAAUCACACAUGCUCCUUAAAUCUGAAUUUCUCUGGAAGAGCGAUCAUUUCUUUAAAAUCGGGACCCAUUAUCCAGCUGGUUUUAAAGUGACAACCCUGAACUGUUUACGGUUGUUCCAAUUUGUAUCAGAUGUUUAUAUCUCCUCAUUAUACGCGUCUUCAGCUCUAACCCGCCACUUCUUCGUCUAAGGGAAUAGUGGACAACCGCAUUCAGUCAGGUUCCCACCAGUAACUAGCUCGUAAUCGCUGAGAAAGCGCUCGACUCCCCGAAUUUGAAUCCCAUUC